AUGGCCCAGUUAAUCCAUAACCUUGAGGAGAAGGCCCUGGUGCUGGUGAAUGUUGCUGUGAUUUAACUGAAACCUCAGUUGGCUACAUUUUGACACUGUGCAGAGGUUGAGCUGGUUGCCCAGACCUCUACUGAGCUCCUUAUGGCUGGCUCUUCAGAGCACGGAAAAAAAAAAAAAAUCCAAAAUGCUAAAACAGGUAGCUUCAAACAUCUUGCAGUUAAGGAAGCUGUGCUGAGUGGUUGGUUGGCCACUGAGGUGUGGAUGUGGUUUUAUAUCAGAAAGGUCAUAGGCAAACGUGGCAUCGUUGGCUACAAUGUUUGA